AUGGCGAGUGGGACUGACAAGUGUUACUUGAUUGUUCGACGUUUCUUGGUGUUGAAUGUCAAGGCCUGCGCCGAGGGCUUCGCCGCACGACCCGUCGUAACAAUCGAAGCCAAACAAGCUGUCAAACUCAUGGCUCUCAAGACUAGGCAAGAGCCCUUGGUCGAUGUCCCAUUCGAAGUUGAGUUGCCAUUGUACGUCGUCGAUGUCCCUCGUCCAAGGUUCUAA